GAUCUAUGAUGACACAGUGGUAUACAAGAGCAGCCGCGAAAGGAGUGGCAGUGAGUGGACAUUUUUGGCAGCCGUAUGGUUUAGGGAGGAUGACGACUAACUGCACCAGCAGCAACCGCGAUGAAUUGGACGCCAUUUUCAAACAGAAGCGAAUUCUCCGUACUCAGCUCAGAAAAACCCUCAAGGCCAUCGACCCCUCCCUCAGAUCUGAACAAGACAACGCUAUUCAGGACAUAAUUUUGGGAGCUCCGUGGUUCAAAUCAAGUCUUAGGUUUUGCGCAUACAUAAGUUGCAGUGCUCUGCGGGAAGUCGAUACUUUCAAACUCUUGUCACACAUUUUGCAACCUCAGCCCAAUGGUGGUAAAAAACUAUAUGUACCGCGAGUGGAAGAUAAAAACAGUCACAUGCGUAUGCUUAACAUAUCGCGUAUUGAUGACCUUGUUGCAAACUCAAUGGACAUCUUAGAACCAGCUCCAGUUGAUGCUGAUGGAAAUGCACGCGAAGAUGUUUUGCAGGCGAAUGACCCAGUUGAUAUUUUGCUCUUACCUGGAUUGGCAUUUGACAGAUCUGGAAGACGUUUAGGCCGUGGUGGAGGUUAUUAUGAUACCUUCCUGAAAAAUUACAAGGAGCUUGCAGAGGCACGCAAUUGGAAGCAGCCCUUGCUUGUUGCACUUUCAUAUUCACAACAAAUACUAGAUGACGGAGUAAUACCGGUUACUUCAACUGAUAUUCCAGUUGACGCUCUUGUAUCUCCAGAAGGUGUAAUUCCCAUCAGUUCUGCUGCCUUCAACAGGUAUCACUGAAGAUACUCUCUCAAUCACUUCACCAGGACCAAUUCAUUAAAUGAUGCAUCCAAUAUUGACCAAUUCAGCAUGUUUAUGUAAUGUUUGAAUUUGUGAAGUUAGACAAUACUUUUCUUAAGGCUGGGAUGUAUGCUUUGACUUAGUUGUCAAGUAACUUAAUUUCAGUGUGAAAUUAUUGUGUUUUCUGUAUGACUUUUGUCUUGAGGUGAUUCUGCUAAAAAAAGUUUCUGAAA